UUAGAGUGCAUAAUUUUGUCAAAGUUUGUGAAAUGUUUGAAGUAGAAUUGAUAUCUGCAGACCACAAGGAUGUUAUUCACGAUGUAGCUUUUGAUUAUUAUGGACGCCGAAUGGCGACCUGUUCCAGUGACCAAACUGUGAAGGUCUGGGAUGAGGAUGAUAAAGGCAAUUGGACAGAAUCAAGCAACUGGAAAGCACAUGCUGGCUCGAUUUGGCGCAUAUCGUGGGCGCAUCCAGAGUUCGGUCAAGUUAUUGUCACAUGCUCAUUUGACCGCACGGCAUCUGUUUGGGAAGAAGUUGUUGGUGAGAAAGUUGCUUCUUUAAUGACACCCGCUCGCCGUUGGGUGCGACGAAUGACUCUUGCUGACUCUCGUACUAGUGUCACUGAUGUCAAAUUUGCGCCAAAGUACUUAGGCCUUUUGUUAGCUACUGCAUCGGCCGACGGCAUAAUUCGUAUUUAUGAGGCGCCAGAUAUAAUGAACCUCACUCAAUGGCCUGUCCUACAUGAAAUUGCGAACAAACUACCAUUGAGUUGCAUAUCUUGGAAUACUUCGACGUAUAUGCUAUCUUCGCAACUUUUAGCGGCUGGAAGUGACGAGACUGCUACGCACACGGGGAAGGUUUUCAUAUUCGCGUAUAGCGAAAGUGCUCGAAAGUGUGUAAAAAUUGAGACUAUAAAUGAAAUAACUCAACCAGUAACUGACUUGGCCUUCGCACCUAAUCCUGGUCGUACGUUUCAUAUGUUGGCAGUAGCUAGCAAGGAUCUGUAUAUUGUGAACAUGCGAGGCGUCACCGAUGCAUCUGCAAAUACCAAACUUGAUAUACAAACUGUAAAGUUUAGCGAUCACAACUGCCCAGUUUGGAGAGUUUGCUGGAACAUGUUGGCAACGAUGUUAAUAUCAACUGGCGAUGAUGGAUGUGUACGCAUUUGGAGAAAAAAUUAUACAAGAAAUUGGAAAUGCGCUGCAGUAAUAAAAGCGGAGGGAAGCUACCCGUCUUAUGAACCAAGUUUAAACUCGCCAACAAUGACUUCUUCAGCCGCAGCAACUGCGAAAUACUACAAGAAGGGAACAAUUAGCAACCCAAAUCAAGUGCCAUGGCAUUAAGUCCAAUAUAUAAUCAAGCUAUCAAGAUUUAUAGCCGUUCCUAUUUGUGGAGAGGCAUGGGCGGUGCUCUACACCACGUUAUCUCACGGGAGAAAAUAGUUUACCACGGUUAUUUUCAUUUUCAUGUGAAUAUACAGAGUUGCGACGAAUAACUGUUACACAGUGUUUUGGAAAAAUAGAGGGGGAAUUCAUAGAUUUUGCAAGGAAAGUAUUUUAUUGUUAAUUUGGCACAUAUUUUUUUUUAUUUUAUUAAUUAAUUUUAAAAUUUUAAUCCUUAU